AUGUCCAAGAGAUCUUCGAGUUGUGGCAAGAAAGAUUUUCUUGGCUUUGUUCGUGCCUUCGACAAACUAACCAAAAACAGCAGCAGCAGCAGCAACAACAACAGCAACAACAACAGCCACAACGCUACUACUACUACAACAAGCAACAACAGUAAAACAGCAAGAAGCGUUGAAAGUAUCAAUGGAGUGGACGACGAUUUUAAUUUCAUUCCCAUGCAACUGAAACACACAGCAACCAUCAACAACAACAACAACAACAUGGUCAACAACAACAACAAAACUGAUGCUGUUGCAAAGAGUAACACGUUGAAAAGUAACGUCAAAAAUGUCGCCACACGCCUGAGGAGAACGAAAAGUUCACUAGAAGAAGGCAGUCAGAAGAAUAUGGUGAAGAUGAGUGAGAACAACAGGCAGCAGAAAACAUUCUCAUCGCUCAGAGGGAAGAAGAACGCAAAACUGCAACAACAACGACAACAAUUUUCUUUAGAGCUGAACACGAACUACAACGGUCUCUGCAACAACAACAACAACAAAACAAUACCCACGACCAACAAUAACAAAACAAGCACCACCAACAACGCAAACAACAACGCAAACAACAACUACAACAAGAACACAAAAAACAACGAUACCAAAAACAGCAGCAACAGCAACAACGAUGACGACAUGGAUGACGUCAUCAAGCAGGUCACGGCUUCGACCAGUUUUGCGAAUUGUGCUCAGGUCAUCAGGCAGCUGACCAGUCAACAAGUGGACAACAUCUCUUCACUCAUAUCUGUUCAGUAUCUUCUCGAUAAUAUACCAGAGUCUUUGGUUCUUAUUGAAACGUUAUAUUCAAAGAACAAUCGUAGUUACAGCAGCAGCAGCAGCAACAACAACGACAACAUCUCAUCAUCUCAAAACUCACCGAACACCAACAACAACAAAAUUUUUAACAAGAACAACAUCAUAGGCAGCAGCAGCAACACUACUGCAGCCAACACUAACAAGAGAACAACAAACAAAGGCAUAACCAACUACCUACCCCCAGACAUUCUUCUCAAUCACAUCAUUGCUUGGAUGUGUGCGACUGACGAUGACAACAGCAACAACAACAGCAACAACAACAGCAACAACAACAGCAACAACAACAGCACCAACAACAGCAAAAACAGCUCCAGCAUAAACCGAAAUAAUCACGGCCACAGCAACGAAAACUUCAUCAACGACAACGAUAGCGAAUUCGUUUCUCAAAAAUUCGCCUCCAAAUCGAUGGGCUUAAAAAUGGAGAAGGUUCAAGAGGAGCUGGAACGUCAUGAGAGCCACUUCCACGGCUACAAGUUUAUCGUGCUCGACAUCCUCAAGCACAUCUUCGCCGCCUCACCAGCCCUCAGAAACAAAACAACUCGAAAGUUGUUAUCCCUGGAGAAAUGUUACGACAUUGCUAGCGGGUAUAAAACCAAAUGUAACGACUGCCCAAAAAUUGAAAACUUUAUUAGUGAAAGUUUGAAGUUGAGGAUUGAAAAGUUGAAGUUGGAAUUUGUCAGUCUUAUGAAAGAUGUCAAUGAAAUCGAUCGCAAUUCGUGCUACUGCCAUGAUGAUCGCAUCAAUAACGCCAAUAAUUACACUACUAACGUUAACUACAACAGUUAUAUAAAGAACCAAAGCAAUCGCGCCAACACAGAAAAUAACGUAAACAACAUCAACCUGACGAAGAGCAACCUAACCAACAUCAGUGAUGGUUUUAAAAAUCCUUCAUUGAGAUCAAGCGGAAAAAACUUGAAAUAUUACAUGACACUAACAAACAAUAACAUCAGCUUCAAUAAUAAUAACAACAACAACAACACCAACGACACCAACAACAACCAAGGUAACAUUUCAACCGACAAAACAUUAACGGUAUCGGAUAUCGAGUAUCGAAUCAAAAAGCACCGACAGUUACUGGAGAUGUUCCAGCCGAUCGAAGGAUGCGUUGUCCAGCAUGUUUCCAGCUUACGUCAGAGGCUGGAAGAUGACAGAGAGAUAUUAUUAAACAGUGUUGAAGUCUCAAGAGAUAUCGAAAGUUGCGUUGCAAAUUCGUUGCCCUCGCCUUCGCUAUCACCCACCUCCUUUCCAACUCCAUCGUCCCCCUUAUCUCCAUCGCAUCCUCUCUCUUUUUAUUCUCUCUCCUCUCCGAUGACAUCAUCAUCGUUAUUGACCUCGCUGCAACCAGCUAGCCAAUCAUCCCAGUUGCCCGCUGACACUCCUAUCUUGAAGCACCUGAAAAACAUGGUCAAAGGUUAUUCAAAAGUCAUGACCCUCAUGAAAGACGAUCAGAUGGGACCCAGGGUUUUUUUUCGGCCAAAUUUUUCAGACGUUGAAAAAACGGAGGAAGAAGUUGUUGUAGAUAAAAAAUAUCCCAAUCCGGACUACUCCGACUCCGACACUCCAGUUGCGAUUCUGAAUAGAAUUCUCAACCAAUGCUUUUUUCAAAUGUUUCACUGGAAGAAAGAAAUAACAAUUUCAGGGAAGAAGAAAAAGUCACGCCUUUCGUCGAAUUCUUUCAACGUCUUCAGGAAUUUUGGAUUCGGUUCCAAGAAUAACGAUAACAUCAACAACAACAACAGUAGCGACCACAACAACAGUAGCAACAACAACAAUAGUAGCAACAACAACAGCAACAACAAAUUUUUUACAUUACCUCGCCGCAGUAAAAGUUCAGAAGGCAACCACAACAGCCACAGCAGCGACAAACGCCACAAGAUCAAGAUGAACCACAGUAUCGAGAUUAUAAACGGACAAACCAACGACAAUAAUAACAACAACAACAUUAAUAACAAUAAUAACAAUGACGUCACGAAACCGUUAUCGGUUUUAAAAUAUUCGAAUGAAUGCCUGUUCAACUGUUACGACAAACUUUUCAGGGAUGUGCGAAUAAAUGUUUUGAAAGCUUUUAACGAGAUCGACGUACUGCAGAAAAACUCACAGCUGAAGAAUAAAAUUAUUUUAUCAGUUGUGUUAUUAUCAGGUAAGGCAGCUAGAAAGACACUUCGCCAUAUUCAGCUGAAGGCUCAAAUGUUGUUGGGCCUCUUCAGUCACAAUAACAAUCCAUCCACCGUAAACAACACAAAUAGUAAUAACCAUAACAACAACAACGGCAAUAACAACAACAACAACAACGGCAAUAACAACAACAAUAACGGCAUUAACAACAACAAUAACAACAACUUUAACAACGAUAAUACUUAUGUAAACAUAGAGAAUAAUAAUUUAAUAAACUAUAGCCACGCCAGUAGUAACGUCCAAAAAUUAAAUCUAAAUUUGAGAGAGUCUAUAAAAAGUCUGAAUGAUAGCACCAAGUCAUUCCUUCGGAGCAGCUGCACUGAAAAGUACAUACCCAACGUCAUUCAGGAACUUAGGAACAAUCUACUACCCAACCUGCCGAAGUCCUGCAACUUGGAUCAAUGUCAGCCAUUCCUAAACUACAUGAAGGAAGCUUCUAGGAUCAGUUGGUACCUCACCAUCCAUACUUCCACCCUGGUACCGUUUUGUGAAGGUCACAUCUUCGAUCCCGACAUUCACGAAAGAAUCGGUUCCUCCAAUACCAACUCGGUAUUUAUUCGAACGUUCGUCUGGCCGGGACUUAAAGAGGAGAGUUCGCAUUUUAAAGCCGUCAAGAAAGCGCUUGUUCUGACUUGA